AUGGAAAAGAAGUCAAUUUCAGAUAGUGUUGACGAGUACACCAGCUCCGUCUUGGAAACCCCAACGACUGUGCAGGAAUUUGACUCUCAUUCAGCAAUUUUUCCGAACUAUUCUAACAUUGAAGUUGAGAAAUCUGAGACCAUUUUGAGCAACAAGUCGGAAUCAGAGCUUCAAGUUGAUCGUAGCACUGCUCAUACCGAUGAUCAAGAAGAGAAUAUUGGAAGAAAUCCCUUUCAGUUUUUUGUCAAGUCAGAUUUGCUUUUUCUUACUCCAGCAAUAUUUUUCAACGCAUUAUGUGCAGUCACUGAUGUAGCUAGCACGAUAAUGGUAAACCGCAUGUUCACGAGAUUAACGAACUUCCAAACAGGGAAGUACAGCUCUCCUUCUGAAUUUGUGCGUGAUGUUCAAUGGUCUUGCUUCGCUAUCAUUUUGAUUGGUCUGGGAACAUCUACUUUUGGAUGGUUUGAGACUUUUUUGUUCACCUACUUGGGAGAGCGACAACAGGUUAGGUGCAGAAAGCAACUGUUCAGGUCUUUAUUUUCGAGAUACCUCGGUUGGUUUGAGAACAAUCGUAACUUAGAUGGUGAUAUGAUACAGUUAAACAGAUCGAUUGAAGAGUUUAGGAGUUCAAUCAGUGAAUAUCUUUCGGUUCUUUGCAAAUGUCUCUUUUCAAUAAUUUCUUUGCUAACAAUAAGUAUGAUCUACUCGUGGAAACUAACACUUCUUAUCAUGUCAGUUUUUCCACUUUUAGGCCUAUCAAUCAUGAUUUUUGGUAAAAAGGUUGAGAAGUGGUCAAAAGUUGAAGAUGACGAAACCUCAAAGGCCAUUUCUCUGCUCGAUUGGAAUUUCUCAUCCUUUUUGUGGAUAAAAAUCAUAUUCUCUCAGAAGCUUGAACUCAAUUCGUUCUCGAAAACCUUAGAUGAUUGUGAAAGUGCAUUCAGAAAAUUCUCCAUAUAUGCAAAUAUCGUUUCUUCCAUUAUGAAAGCUCUAUCUUUCAUGUUAUUUGUUCAAAGUUUCUGGUUUGGCUCCUAUCUCGUCAGAACCAAAAAAGAUAGCAGCGGUGACGUUAUUUCUGCAUUUUAUUCUUGUUUGAAGCUAGCACUCACCAUCAGUAGCUUAUCGGUUUUAGCUGUCAUUUAUCAAAAGGCAAAUACUUCUUUUAAAAACAUUACAAAAUUCUCCUUAUCUAUUGAAUCAAUUGAGAAGUUUAACGAAACACUGUUUGUUCCAGAUGAAAAUUUAUAUGGUGAUAUCAGAUUUAAGAACAUUUCGUUUGGUUAUUGUCAAAAUAGUAUCAAUGAAGGCGACCAUCUCUCAGCCUGUAAAACUUUAAAUUCCAUAUCACUCAACAUUGAACCAUUUAAAACUACCUACAUCAUUGGCAAAUCUGGAUCUGGAAAAUCCACUAUCGCAAAUAUGCUCCUCAAAUUCUACAAACCUGAAUCAGGGUCAAUCAGUAUUGACGGUCAUGAUCUACAAACACUAGAUAAUUCCUGGCUCAGAGAUCAAAUAACUUUGGUUCAGCAGUUUCCUACAGUUUUUAAUGACACAGUAGAAAAUAACAUUUUAUUAGGUACCCCUUUUGAUGAUUUAAACUUGCCUGGGGUAUCCGAAGCCAUUGAAUUUUUUAACUUUUCUGCUGUGGUCGACAUUUUGCCGAAAGGUUUCCAAACAUACCUAGGGAAUAGUAAAGAGGAGAAAGACAAUUUAGUGCAGCUCAGUGGAGGUCAAGAGCAGAAAUUAAAUCUGGUGAAAGCCAAAUUAAGGGAUACAAACAUUCUCAUUCUUGAUGAAAGCAUCUCCGCUUUGGAUAUUCAGCAACGUGAACUGUUCAUGAAGAAAAUAAAUACAUGGAGGGAAAAUAGAACAACAAUAAUAAUAACUCAUGAGCUAUCACAUGUUAGAGCUAAUGACAUGGUUUAUGUCAUAAAAGAUGGGAGAAUAGUCGACUCUGGUUUCAAGGAUGACUUGAAAAACUCAAACUGGGAUUUCACUGGCUCAGAGAUCCAGUCUUUCACUGAAACAAUGACAUCCACUCAAAGCAAUGAGCUCGACCAUACAAAAGAUCUUUUUACUAUUUUACAGAAUACAAACUCUCUAGGUAGCCUUGAAAAGAGCGUAGGUACUGCAUCUAAUGAAGAUACCAGGCCCAAAAACGAUGCUGAAAAAAUUAACAGUAUAAGAGGACCAAUGUUCACUGCAUUCAAAUUGAUUUUGAAGAAGUUAGCGCCGAAGUACAAACUUUGGUAUUUGUUGGGAUUACUAUUCGUAACUAUAAAUACAAUUUUAACACCCAUUUUUUCCUAUUGUUUCUCACAUUUAAUUAAUGGUAUUAUUCCUAAGGCAAAAGGCGAAUUGAUAUCCAACCACGAGCAAGUCAAAUGGUCCCUGAUUGCAACGGGUAUAGCAAUUGCUAAUGGCCUCACCUUUUUUAUCUCCUUCACUUCUUUGAAUUAUGUUUCUCAAAGAUUAACCAAAAAUCUACAAUUUUCAACGUUAGCUAAAAUACUAACACAAGAUGUGACUUUUUUUGAGCAUGCAAAUCCAAGCCAACUUUCAACACUGAUAAUGAGUGAUAUGAGAGAUUUCAGACGAAUUUUUUCAUCUACUUUAUCAAAAUUUGUUUCUGGCGUCGCUGUCAGUAUUGUUUGCAUUGUCUGGACACUAACAAUAGGAUGGAAGUACUCAUUAAUCGGCUUCAGCAUGUUUCCGCUAUUCGCCAUUUUUAGUAUACUUGGCACCACAAUAAUGCGGAAGUCAGAAUUUUCCUACAAAGACAUUUUGAAUGAAACUGAGUCCAUUGUUUAUGAAAGUCGGGCGGGCAUAAAAACAAUAAUGUGCUACAAUAUACAGAGUCAUUUUGAAAACAAACUUGAACAAGGGCUCAACAUGGUUCUAUCUACUGGGUUCAAAAGAGCAAUUGCUAUCGGAUUUUCGACAAACUCAGUUUUCUUCCUAGUCAAUGUAUCGCAAGCAAUAAUGUUUUACUAUGGCUUCAAAUUGAUUUCCACCGGAGAGUACACAAUGGUUCAAAUGAUGCAAGUCAUUAUGAUGAUUUUGAUGUCUGUAACGUUCAUUGCUGAAAUUUUGUCCAGUGCACCAGGACUUUAUCGUGGUUUGAGAGUUGCUCUGAAAAUUGACCAGCUUUUAUUUAUGGAAGAAGAUGAUACACGUUUUAGAGGUGGCUACUUGACUCCUAAUUUAGAGAGCUGUCAAACUCCUUAUUGUGUUUCCUUUAGGAAUGUGACAUUUUCCUAUCCUAGCGAUCCAACGCACUCAGUUUUGAAUCAUUUGUCAAUGGAUAUUCCAAGAAAUCAACUAGUUUCCAUUGUGGGUGAAUCAGGUUGUGGUAAGUCCACGAUAGCGAGUCUCAUUCUCCGUCUGCAAUCAUUACCAAAACAGCAAUUUUCUGAGUUCCCGAGUUCUCAAAUGAUUACAGUAGACGGGUAUGAUAUAAAUACAAUUAAAAUGUCUUGGUUAAUGUUUAACAUAUCAGUAGUCACGCAAAAACAUUAUUUUUUCAAUGGUAGUAUCAGAGAAAAUUUACUUUACGGUAAUCCUCUAAGACACUCCAUCUCGGAUGAGCAGAUAUGGUCCAUCAUUGAUAGACUCGAGCUAACUUCUAUGGUAGAUGGUUUGAAAAACGGGCUUUCUUCUUCCCUUGCUGUUUCUGGUAAUAUAUUAGUUUCUGGUGGUCAGGCGCAACGACUUUCAAUAGCUAGAGCGCUUCUUCGUCCAGCCAGCGUGCUUCUUCUUGACGAAUGUACUGCUUCGCUUGAUUUGCAUAGUGCAGAAGUAGUAUUAGAUCUAUUAUGUGAGCUUAAAGAAAAAGGUCUGUCUAUCAUUUGUAUCACACAUCAGGAAAAGGUUAUACGGCGUUCAGACACCGUAAUUAUGAUAAAAAAUGGUAUGGUUGCUGAAAAUGGAGACUUUUACACCCUUUUGAAGGAAAAAGGGGCAUUAUACAGCAUGAUUACUGGGCAAAAUCAGCUAUUUGAUUAG